UUAGUAUGUCUACUGGAUCAAUACCAUUGGUUAUUGCGUGCGUGAUCAUCCUCGCGAGUGUUCAGGCGCGACAGCCCAAGGUGGACCUGGAAAGCUUCAAGACAGAAGAAACCCAAGGAGACAUCACUCAUGUGAUAUAUCCCAGAACGGGAAGACUCUUCCAUGCAGACUACUUGAGAGACAAUCAGAUAUUUAGGUCGCUGGAGAGAACGAACUUCAUGAGAAGAGGGCCGUUUGCGAAAGGAGUGUCACUGAAGAGGCCGAAAAGAGACGACGGAGAAGUUGUCCCGAAGAAACAUGUGUAUGUGGGUGCCGCAAGAAUACCUAGUGUGGAAACUAAGAAAGGGGUAUUAGUCAGGGAGAAAGAUAUACCGUCGAAAGCAAUUUUGGUCAAAGUUAGCAGUGACCACCACAAAGUAGAAAAAAGGUACAAGAGAGAAAUUGUUAAAGAAGGACUUUCCGCUCAAGAAGUUGCCAAUGUCGGACAAUCACACAUAGAACAAACUACACCCACGGUGAAACAAGAGAAUACUCUAGAGAAGAAUAUAGAAAAGAUCUCUCAGGACGACUUAGAUGAAUUUAAUAAUAAAAUGAGUUUUGAAAAUGAGAUUACACCGAUUACAGAAGAAAAGAUGGUACAAGAAGAUACUGCGCCAGUUGUGAGGAACAAUGACACGGACAAAACUCUACUUCUUCGCGACAACAAGAAGGAAUCCGCUGAAGCAACUGUUAAAAUACCUGAAGUUGAUGUUGGAAGUGAUAGUCAAAUGAGAAAGACGAUAUUGGACGAUAGUUUGAAGCUGUACCCAGUGUACCGAGGAGUCAAGUACUACUAUCCGCUUUCAGAACGUCGCUUGGAGUAUUCCCCUCAGCUGACAGUACAGGUGGAUAUGCCAGUCGUGUCGGAAGAGGUGCAAGUUCGGUCAGCGCAAAACUCUACUGAUAAUCUUGAAGAGGAAGGAAGGAGUAGGCGGCCGCUGAAGAGGCUGGCGUUCCCGCUGUUGCUGGCAUUGAAACUGAAGACCGCCAUCAUGCUGCCCCUCAUCCUUGGGCUGAUCAGCCUCAUCUCUUUCAAAGGACUGUGGUCAGGGCUGACGGCUCUGGCCAUCGCGGCAGCACUGGGACUGAAAGCCCUGAUGGGGAGCGGUACGAGAGUCGUGGUGCAGCCACCAUUACUUCCCCCUACCCCGCACCACCAUUCACACCACUUCCCGCCUCAUGAUUACGUUGAGUACUGGAGCCGUAAGGGCGAAGAAUACAGCGACUAUAGACCUAACUCCUGGUCCUAGAGUUUUAAUAGUUUCCAUAAUUGUUUGUAAUAGUUGUGUACUUUACGUAACGUAGCUAGGGUUUUAUUCAAUGUUAAUGUUCGGUUUAGCUCCAAUUCACCUUUCUCUUAGUGAAAUCUGACGAUCUCACGUACUAACUCCUGGAAUCUGGAGUCUCUUUUGUCUGAAGAGAUCUAAAAAUAGUCGGCGACGAAUAACCUCAAAACGAACUCUUUCAAAGAGUCUAAAACCCAAUCCCAAUCAGAGUUUGUUUUGAGCUCCUUCGAUGCCGACUAUUUUCGGAUAACUUCAGGCGAACAUGACUCCAGAUCCCAGAAGUCAGGUCUAGGACAGCGUCAGGUUCCAAACGCUGCAAUAAGAGGAAGGUGGACUGGAACUAAACUUAACACAGUUUUGUACUGAUUAUUUAUUUAAUAUAAUGGUAUUUAUUUAUUAGUGUAUGUAUAAGAAUAAUAAGCAUUCCACACUGUAAGCUUGUAUUAAAUAAGUUGUCUAAUGUAAUUAAUAAUUUUGCAAUCCGAGAUAUUCGCAGAA